GGCGUGGCCCGGCGCCUGCGCCAUAAAGGCCGCCCCGAGCCCCGGGCCGCCGGCCGCCCACCUCGUUCCUGCUCGGCUCGUGUCCGGGUCACUGCAACCUUCUAGUCCCGCCAUGGCCGCGCUCACCCGGGACCCGCAGUUCCAGAAGCUGCAGCAGUGGUACCGCGAGCACGGCUCCGAGCUCAACCUGCGCACCCUUUUCGAAGCCAACAAGGAGCGCUUCAACCAUUUCAGCUUAACCCUCAACACCAACCAUGGGCAUAUUCUGCUGGAUUACUCCAAGAACCUUGUGACGGAGGAGGUGAUGAAGAUCCUGGUGGACCUGGCCAAGUCCAGGGGUGUGGAGGCUGCCCGGGAGCGCAUGUUCAAUGGCGAGAAGAUCAAUUAUACUGAGGAUCGGGCAGUGUUACAUGUGGCCCUGCGGAACCAGUCAAACACACCCAUUCUGGUGGAUGGCAGGGAUGUGAUGCCAGAGGUCAACCGAAUUCUGGACAAGAUGAAAACUUUCUGCCAGCGUGUGCGGAGUGGUGAAUGGAAGGGCUACACAGGCAAGGCCAUCACGGACGUCAUCAACAUCGGCAUCGGAGGCUCCAACCUGGGGCCCCUCAUGGUGACUGAAGCCCUUAAGCCAUACUCCUCAGAUGGUCCCCGGGUCUGGUUUGUCUCCAACAUUGAUGGAACCCACAUUUUCAAAACCCUGGCCAACCUGAGCCCCGAUUCUUCCCUGUUCAUCAUUGCCUCCAAGACGUUUACCACGCAGGAGACCAUCACGAAUGCAGAAACAGCAAAGGAGUGGUUCCUCCUGACAGCCAAGGAUCCCUCUGCAGUUGCAAAGCAUUUUGUUGCCCUGUCCACCAACACGAACAAAGUGAAAGAGUUUGGAAUCGACCCUGCAAACAUGUUCGAGUUCUGGGAUUGGGUAGGAGGACGCUACUCCCUCUGGUCAGCCAUCGGACUCUCCAUUGCCCUGCAUGUGGGUUUUGACAACUUCCAGCAGUUGCUCUCGGGGGCUCACUGGAUGGACCAGCACUUCCGCACAACACCUCUGGAAAAGAAUGCCCCUGUGUUGCUGGCCCUGCUGGGUGUCUGGUACAUCAACUGCUUUGGGUGUGAGACCCACGCCAUGCUGCCCUAUGACCAGUACCUUCACCGCUUUGCUGCUUACUUCCAGCAGGGCGACAUGGAGUCGAACGGGAAGUACAUCACCAAGUCCGGCGUCCGUGUAGACCACCAGACGGGCCCCAUUGUGUGGGGGGAGCCAGGGACCAAUGGCCAGCAUGCCUUCUACCAGCUCAUCCACCAAGGCACCAAGAUGAUACCCUGUGACUUUCUCGUUCCGGUCCAGACCCAGCACCCAAUACGGAAGGGUUUGCAUCACAAGAUCCUCCUGUCCAAUUUCUUGGCCCAGACAGAAGCCCUGAUGAAAGGGAAAUCUACAGAUGAGGCCCGGAAGGAACUCUACGCUGCAGGAAAUAAUCCAGAGGACUUAGAGAAGCUGUUACCGCACAAGGUCUUUGAAGGAAAUCGCCCAACCAACUCUAUUGUGUUCACAAAGCUCACACCAUUCAUGCUUGGAGCCUUGAUCGCCAUGUAUGAGCACAAGAUCUUCGUUCAGGGCAUCAUCUGGGACAUCAACAGCUUUGACCAGUGGGGAGUGGAGCUGGGAAAGCAGCUGGCUAAGAAGAUCGAGCCUGAGCUUGAUGGCAGCACUCCAGUGACCUCACAUGAUUCUUCCACCAAUGGGUUGAUCAACUUCAUCAAACGGGAGCGCGAGGCCAUAAUCUAACACGUUCAUCUCAGCUGCAGCCCCUGUGGCGACCACUGCCUCUUGUCUCUCCUCUCCAGAGCCUGCUUUGCAUGGUCCUGCCCCUCCUCCCCACCGAGCACCCUCUGCUCAAGGGCUUGGACCACUAGCCAUUUGGGAAAUGCCGAUCUGGAAUUGUCACCUCAACCCCCUCGGUGUCCAUCCAUUAUCACCCUGGUUUACAACUGGCUGACGUGUUUCAGUGCAGCUGAUUCUUCUGACCCAUGUUCAUAUCCUAGGUAGAAAAAUAAAGAUGCCACAAAAGAGGUUGUAAA